AUGGUGGGUUUCAAACAACGAUGGGCAGAGAAGGUGGGGCUUCAGGUGACGAUCCAAGGGGUUGAUUUUAGAGGUGAUGGGUGGGUUAGUUUUGGUAGUGAUUUGUUGUUGGAUUUGGAUGAUAGUGGUGGUUGGGAAGCUCUGAUUUACAGCAACAGUAUGGCCGUGUAUGUCUUGGAUAACUUAGUUGCCUUCGUGACUGACAUUUGGCAGUUAAACCUCAAGCAUGCUGUUUCAAUCAUGAACAUUAAAGGUGAAGCGGCAGGCAUCAUGGGGUUAGUGGAGGCUGCUCUCAUAGAUGCUUAUCUUGGCCAUGCUGGGAUGUUGCUCAUCACAAGUGUUCUUUACAGCAUUGGACUGGGGUUGCUAGUAAUGUCAGUUCAUGAUCGGUUCUUUUCCAAGGGUGUAAAGUCAUGUCCAGCAGGGGAGAAAUUAUGUUCUUCAAAGCUAACUGCUUCACCAUUCUAUUGGGGAUUAGCUUUGAUAGUUCUUGCCAAGGCUGGUCAGGGAAUAUGUUUGAGAACCCUCACCUUUAGUAAAAUAAAAUACAAAAAGAGAUCCACCCGAAACGAAGUUUUUGAUAUCUACAUCUGUAAUGGCAAUUGGGAUCGCUAUAUUUUUUAUUGGAUACGCAUUCCUUCCCCCCCUCAACUGCGAACAAGUCCCCUCACAAACAUGUUGCGGGUCCUUCUGGCUGCAUUCUUAAACAGGCAUCUUGACUCUACUAAGCAGGGUACAAAAUUUAACUAUGGGGAUGAAAAUCAGACACCUCAAGGUCAAGGUCACAACCAGAAGGCACCUCAAGGUCCCAAGAAAAGGACAACGCUCACUGAUCACUUGGUUGAGGUUGAGGAGACAAAGCUUCUGUUAAGAAUGGUUUCAAUCUCAGUUACCUUUAUUUUGUAUGGGGUGAUCAAAUCCAACAAUGAUACCUUUUUCAUUGCGCAAGGAUAUGCAAUGAACAUGUCAUUUCGUUUCAUAUUACAAAAUAAGCAGCAUCAAAUUCAACUCCCCAUUCAAAUCUUCGGUCUUAUGGCAGGAUUUGCGACAUUUGCAGUGAAACCUUUGUAUAGGAUAGUAUUUGAACAACGAAUAGAGCGAAUGAAUGGGAGAUACUUAGCUAGAUUGAAGGUUGGUUUGGGAAUGCUUUCCGCUUUGGCUUCUUGUAAAGUUGCUUGGUGGGUGGAGUAUAAAAGGCUAAAAUCUUUGAAAGAACACGGCUUGUUAGGUAAUCCCAAUGCCAUUGCACCAAUAUCUAUAUUUUGGCUCUCUCCACAGUUUGUACUGAUGGGAAUCAUGGAUGGAUUAGCUCGUGAUGGUAUGGAGGAUUUCUUCAAGUAUCAGGUUCCAGAGUCAAUGAGGAAGAGAUAUGCAGUCGUACUCAUUGAAGUUGUGAUCGGAUGGGGAAAAAUACUGAACAUAGGGUUUAUUAUGAUAUUAGACGUGGUGGUCGAGAAGUUGAGAGUUGAAGAUGGAAGUUGGAUUGUAGACACUGUAAAUCAGAGCCGUUUGGAUCUUUUUUACAUUGCAUUAUUGGUGGUGAGCAUGGCCAAUCUGUUUAUCUUUGACUAUGUUGCAAGUUUCUACACUUACAGUGAUUUUCUAGAAGAGGAAGACAACGACGAAAAAGAAGAUCCACAUGAAGAAAUUAAAACUGGAAAGAAGCAAGACAAGAUGGAACCAACACCUGAUGAAGAAAUUGAACCAACACUUGAUGAAGAAACUGAAAGAGCAAUAAGAACCACCUGA